UGAUGAGUGUAAGAGCUGGUGUAGUUAUCUUUUUAUUGUUGUUUUUUAGAUGUGUUUCUUAAUAUUAUAACCUUCUUUUGGGGGUGUUGGAAUUUUAUCAAUAAAAAUUUCAGCCCUAGCAAAAUAAAUAUAUUUUUUUGACAUAAGGCAUUACUCAUUGUGCAUGCACCUUUAUAUAUCCUCUCUCUUCUCACCCAAACAAACUUAGUUCUACUCUCUCAUUUAAACUUAUUUGUUCUCUUCUCGCAUUUGAUCUUCUUCCUCUCUUUGUUAGUUGAUGAUAAGAUGAUGAAAGAAGAAGAAAAUUUGAGUAACGAGGUUGCUUCCAAACCUUUAGUUGAAUCCAUUACUCAAUCUCCAACACCAUCAAGCAUACCACCAAGAAAUAAGUUUAGGUUUAUUAGUAAAAUCAUCUGAAAUUCCCUCUUAAUUCGUGUUUAUAUCAAAGACAAUUUUUAAUUGUAUGUUUUUAAACCAUGUCUUUAGAUUCGACAUCACUUCUAGAUGAUUUGGUGCUAAUGAAUCACAAUGGAGAAGUUGAUGUUAAGAUGAUGAAAGGAAAAGAAAAAUUGAGUAAUGAGUCUGCUACCAAACCUUCAGGUGUCUCCAUUACACAAUCUCCAACAUUGCCAAGCCUACCACCAAGAAAUAGGUCUGACACAAUUUCUAGACGAUUUGGUGCUAAUGAAUCAGAAUGGAGCAGUGAUGAGGAGGAAGAUGUUUAUGCUUGA